AACUAAUGCCGGCGGUCAAUAACUUUGUUAAUAGACGUUGAUUAAUCUGCUUUUCGUGUUUUUUACGAGUCGCAUAAAUUUUGCAUUUCGAUGGCUGAUUCAGCGCGGUAUUCGUCGAUAGGAGACAGAUGUUGUCCUAACAAAAGAUUGCUCGUACUGUGCAGGCGACACCGCACCCGUACGUCACCUGUCUCUGAAGAACCUCCUACCAGAUACGACCACUUACAUGACUUACGAGGGCAGCACGACUCACCCGGGCUGCUGGGAGACGACUGUAUGGUUGAUCCUCAACAAACCUAUUUACGUAACAGCACGAGAGCUUUACGCACUAAGGAGACUAAUGCAGGGCCCGCAGAACACUCCGAAAGCACCCCUGGGAAACAAUUCCAGGCCGAUCCAGGAUCUUAAUCAUAGGACUAUACGGACGAACAUCGAUUUCCACAAGCAGCCGGACGCGAAGUGCCCGACGAUGGCGAAGGACAUGCACUAUAGAGAUGACUUUUUCUUUCCAGCGAACACGUGGCAGGACGAUGGCACCCUCACGCACAACGUCGUUGUCUGAGAUCGCCGAUUACGACGCGACAGGUUCACGCGAAUGUCUCCUAAAACCAACGUGUAGUGCUAACAUGAUCGCGUUCAAACAAUUCGCUUCAUCGGACUCUGAAACAUUUUCAUUUGUUAUGACAAAGUGACACGACGGAAACGUUAGAAUUCAUAGAGGCCUAACUUUACGACACCCUCAUUUGGAAAUUCGUUGAACAAACACUUGCCGUAAUCAAUAAUCGGACACGAUUAAUUUGAAAUAAUCGGGCGACCAGCUAGAACGGAGAAACCAGAUUCCAUUUCCGGAAGCUGAUCCACGGAAUAAGAUAUGAUACCCGAAGACGUGGAACAAUCGACAGAGGUUUCACGUGUUUCGACGUCGAAACACCAUCAAUUCCGUGGCAGCUGCAUCCCAUUUCGGGCCGGAGGAAGAUACACGGGCCGCGGGGUAGACGAGCACGAGUUCCUGGGGUCGUUUCUCGAGCCGAUUUUGACGGGAAUGAUAAGUGUGUUCGAGCACAGCGGGAAUUUGUAUUUGUCGCUCGGACGCCCUCAGGAAAUCGUUCCCGUCGUUCUUUCGAAUACGGAAUGGGAUCUCCGAGCGUACUCCGCGAAGACACGGUUGUCAACGAGCCUAGCCGACUACUGCUAUUGCCAAUCGACAAUUAUUCCUACAAUCGGCGGUCUUUAUGAUUUGUCACAGAGAAUCUCGUCGACGUUAAAAGUUUCCAAAUAUAGCGAUAGGAAAUGCGUAAUUAAUUGUAUAUGAAAAUGGGAUUUCGUUCUUCGUGUAAAUUAAAAAAAUUGCUUCGAUCCUGUCACUUCACGAAACUUCGCUUUUACUACUUGCCAAAGCGUGUGAUCGUUGCCCUGUAUUUCCGAACUGGAGAACGAUCGCGUACCUGUCGCUGCUAGCAGAGGACUCGCGCUUGUUCCGCUUUCAAACCAACCGCAGGAAACACGCUUCUGAGCAAUAUUGGGAGUGCGACUUACUUGACAGGUUUUUGUCAAUUAUUUUGUAGCCAAUAUAUAAACAAGCUGAACCGAGACGUAUAGAAACGUGUCAAAGUAAGGAAUUCGAUGAAAGAACACGAGACGAAAGCGGAACGAGCGACAGCUGAAUGCUUUGGAAGGAACGAGAGGUUCGAAUAGGACGUGGAAACGAAAGAUACGAGGCAAAGCCGCGAUUCCCUGGCCAACGGCGAUCGCGAGGUGAAAUAAAUCGGAUCGUUCGCAGCUUGACGGUCCGUCGCUUUUGUAUAUAUAAAAUAACAGACACUAACAAGUCCGCAAGGGAAGGAAUUACUAUUAAAAAUAGGGGUAAGGGCAGAUUAAGAGGACAUUUAGGGAGAGGGACGGGGGAGAGUGUGUAUAGAGAAUAACGCUGUAUCAUACGAAAGUGAACGUUUAACGAUUGUGGUUAAUGAAUAACGAUAAACAAUAAACGCAACGUUAUAUUGUA